UAAACAUGGACGAAGGAAAUGGUUCCGACAAGAAAGAAAAAGAAGUAUUGAGAGGGAAUAAGAACAGGCGUAAAUGUUCAAUGAUUUUCAAGAAACUAGUUGCUUCAUAUAUCUAAUUACGUAUAGGUUUUUCUCUGCACUGCAGGCUUCUCUGUAUUCUGAUGAAUCCUCUCUUACAAUCCUAUUUGGAUUCACACCAAUUGUUUCUUUUCUAUAGGAGACUUGAACAAGGCAACAGAAAUGGGAACAUCAAGCUAGUAUGCUUCAAGUAAAGUCAUAUUUUUCUUGCUCAAUUUUUGAUAAUUUUUUUGACCCAUUGCAAGAAUAUUUAUGCUUUUCUUUUUUCAAAGAUUUAUCGUAUAUUGCUUCCUUUGCCUUCUCUGUAUGCGUGUGUUGUUUUUGUCUUUUUGAGUUUUUUGGUGGAGUGGUUGGAGUGGUCCAGGUCAUGGGCCGGUUCUGGAUCAGAAAUGAUAGUUUCGGUUCGUGAGGGAAUGAACCUGAACUAAAUCACAGGAAAUGAUUCAGCUUCUACCUGGAUCUAAAAAAUUUUUUUUUUUUAAAUUGAUUUUUAACCGAGAUGAAUUGUCUGUUUUUUUAUAGCUCAUGGUCUUGAGAGGAGUAGAGCCGAGCUCAACUAUUGGUAUUCUCUGUUUUGGUCGAUUUGAGACCAGUUUUGGUUUUGGAUUUGACCAGAUUUUUUCCAGUCCCAAAUUUGAUUAGCCCAAUUCCAAUUGGAUUCUGAAUCCAACAUGCACCGUGGCUGGGUCUUGGUGGAUGGGUGCUUUCCCAUAGCUACCACUACAACAUGUCACAACUUGCAACAAUAGUUUACAAUCCAACUUUAUGAUUUUCAAAAUUUAUCAUUCUUCUCCUUCUGUUGGGAAGAAUCCUUGGUGGCUCUAGUAUGCAAAUUAAUCCAGCUUUCAGUAUCGUCAGGAUUCCAGCCAUUGCCCACCAAUGGAAUGGGAAGAUACUAAAUGUCUAAAAUAAAACCCAAUAAUACAAGUAAUUGAGUUUCCUAUACACAACAUAGUAAAAGCUAGCCUAGUUGUCUGAGUCUGAGAAACCCAUGUGGGAGACCUUGUGCACUAGGACACCCUUGUAGCAGAAGCUAAGUUUGUAAAUAAUCCUACAAUGGUGAGAAAAACAGCAGAAAUUCUAUGUCUGCCCAAAUUUUUUGGCUGUUGAAAGGUCAAAAAUUGAUGAAAAUUUCAGUUAAGGAGAUAGUGACAUACCAACCACUUGAUAGUAAUCAUAUCCCGGGAAUCCCAAAGUGCAAGUAAUGCUUGCCUUUCUAUUUUAAACAAUGGUUGGCACACCUGUCACAGGAACCUUUUCUUCUCUUUCUUUCUCCUUUGCUUAUUUUUGCCUCAAUUUUGCUCUCCUUUUGUUUGAAUUUAAAUUUUAUUGUCAUGCCUCAUCACUUUCCUUCAAUUUAUGUCAUUCUUUCUACCCUUCACAUUUUUCUUGAGCUUUGACAAUUCCAAGAAUUCUUCGUAGUAGAUUUAUUAUUAUUUUGUUUCUGGGCAGUGUUUAGAUAGCGCUGUGUGAUGAGUAAAUGUAGGAUUUAUUGCUACAAGUCUUCAUGAUUCCUGCAUGAGUCCAGUAUAUGAUCUCUGCACCACACAAUACUUUUGCUGCCACAUUGUUCCCUGCAAACAGUUAUUACUGUGGUCUCAAAUUCAAUUUAAUAGUGUUUGUAAACAUUUAAUGCCUUGGCUUGAUAUUUAGUUGUAGUGCAGAGCUUGGAAGUGGCCUGCAAAUGUAGCUUAAGCUACUGUUAACUUUCUUGAGCUUUGAAGCACUCAUGGAGAGUAAGAAUAAGGAAAUGAUAUCAAAGAUGGAUGAUUAUGAAGUGAUAGAACAGAUUGGAAGAGGAACUUUUGGAGCUGCAUUUCUCGUUCUUCAUAGGUUUGAAAAUGAGAGGUAUGUAUUGAAAAAGAUUCGUUUGGCUAAACAAACAGAAAAGUUUAAGCAUACAGCACAUCAAGAGAUGCAUUUAAUAGCAAAGCUGAAUAACCCAUAUAUAGUGGAGUUUAAAGAUGCAUGGGUGGAAAAGGACUGCUAUAUAUGCAUUGUGACGAGUUACUGUGAGGGAGGUGACAUGGCUCAAAUGAUAAAGAAAGCUAGAGGAACAUAUUUUCCUGAAGAGAAGCUCUGCAAAUGGCUGACCCAGUUGUUGCUGGCUGUGGACUACCUCCACUCCAAUCGUGUCCUUCACAGGGAUCUGAAAUGCUCAAACAUCUUCCUUACAAAAUUCAAUGACAUCCGGCUAGGUGACUUUGGACUAGCAAAAUUGUUGAACAAGGAAGAUCUUGCGUCCACGAUUGUGGGCACUCCUAACUACAUGUGUCCAGAACUGCUUGCAGAUAUACCGUAUGGCUACAAAUCGGACAUUUGGUCUCUAGGUUGCUGUAUGUUUGAGAUAGCUGGACGUCAACCUGCCUUCAGAGCUCCUGACAUUGCUGGUCUAAUCAACAAGAUAAACCGUUCCUCCAUUUCUCCACUUCCAACUGUCUAUUCGUCUUCACUAAAACAAUUAAUCAAAACCAUGCUAAGGAAGAAUCCAGAACACAGACCAACUGCUGCAGAGUUAUUGAGACAUCCCAUUCUAGAACCUUAUGUUGCUCAAUGCCAAAAUUUAUCUCCUGUCUUUCUCCCAGUGAAGUCUGAACACGGCUGCAAGGAUAAACCAAAAGAAAUUGGAUUGUCUAACAAGUCUAAUGUUCAGAAGAAUGCCAAAGGUAAGAAGCCAAUCCCAUUAAAGGAGUGUGGAUGUAUUCCACAAGAAAAUGUUGAUGCUUCUACACGUAAAGUUCCUGCAAAAGAUUUACUCGGCAUUUUGGAACAAAAUGGAAGUGCCAACUCAGAAAUCACCUCUGAGGGCAUAACAAGGACUCACCUUGAAGAUAUGAAACAAGAGUUCAACUGUGAUCAUUUCCAAAUAGUCCCAAAGACACUGCAAGGAACUGUAGAAACUGACGUGGGAGGAAAGAGUGCUACUCCAGGGAGUUAUAAAGGAGUGGCAAAGUUGCCUGCAGAUCAAACAGAUAGCAUUCGUCUUUCUGGUUGCAAAAUGGCAUCGGAGUCGAAGAAGAAUAACAAACGCUGGCAGAAAAUGGAAACCAAUUUCUGUUUACACACAACAGCAACAAAUGGAAUAUCGUCACCCAGUAGAGUUAGCAAAGAAAAUAAUCAAGAAUUACAUGGGGCCUCUAGUGACGUGUCAUCAAUGAGCACACUAACUUUUGUCCACGGUGAUGAAACAAGAAUUGAAUGGGAUCCACAGAGCCUGCAAAGAGCAGAAGCACUGGAGUCACUGCUAGAGAUUUGUGCGAGUUUGCUCAGACAGGAAAGAUUUGAGGAACUAUCAGGAGUGUUAAGGCCAUUUGGGGAAGAAGUUGUGUCAUCAAGGGAAACGGCAAUCUGGUUAACAAAGAGCCUAAUGAAAAGUUCAAAAGAACAGCAGUGAAGCAGCUUAGUGACAUGCACGUUUAAAACAAAUGACAAAUAGAAUUAGGAAAUGCAACUGGCUCAAUUCAAUUUGAUGCAGAGAGCCAUUUAAAAUAGCUAGAGCUUGUAAGUGGUGAAAUUCCUUGCGUCUUUCUUUGUGGAUUUUGACUGAUGUACAGUAAGGAAUUAUAUAUGUGAACCAUUCUGACAAGAAAGCUAAAUUUGUUGAAUUUUUGUUUGCA